GAUACAGAAUCAGAUUGCAAAGAAGUAGAGGCAGCACCUCGCUGCAGUGUCCGCGGCGCAGACCCGGCUGCGUCUAAGUACGUUGCAAAUGACAAACUAGUGCAUUAACCGCUGCCAUCAUUAAUAAGUACGUAAAAUGCGGGCCAUAUAGAAAGAGCGGGCCCUAGCGGGCCUCGCUAACUGCUUGGCGCGCAAACUGUGAGCACGUCCUGGGUACCCAAAGCAGCUCCAUAUCACAGAGGCAUGGAUGGGCAAGGGGCCUCACCUGCCCCCGGGGGAGCGCAGCACGCAGCGGAGCUGGAGUACGAGACCGAUGAUGAGAUCAUUGCGGACGCCAGGCCCAACUGGGAUGAAGUUGAGGUGGGUGGCUGUUACGCCAUCAACACGGAAAGCAGUGGCGAAGUGUACCCUGAAGGCAUCAUUAAGAUCAUCGCAAAGCAUGCACCUGAGGACUAUCCAAAGCAGGGCUUCCGGAAGAAAAGCGCGUCGGAGUGCACCACCUACAUGAACAUGCACGGCGAGCUGUCAUACGUGUGGUUCCUGCGCCGCAAGGACCUGUCAAUCGCCCAGGUGCAGAAAGGCACCCCCAGCACCGGCAAGGACGCACACCAGGACGACACACGGCAGUUCUUGGGCUUACCGGACGGCGUUAGGCUGCCCGUAAACGAGCUGUGGCUCUCACAGUAUUACUUCCAGCUGACGGGCGCGGAUGCACAUGCCCAGCAUGUGAACGCGGCCAAGCUUAACAGGCGCGUCAAGGUUGUGUGGCUGCCACCGGAUGCGCCCGUUCCCCUGCCGCCUGAGAAGGACGUUUUCUACUACAAGAAGUCGUUCAGCUACCAGUUCAACCGGUACGUCUACGUGGGGCCGACGGAGAUGGGCUGCGUGCACGGGCCGCUGCAUGAGACGCCGCCGGAGCAGCUUCCGCCUGACCCGCUUGGCGACCAGCCGCCGCCCCGUGCCGCUGCUGCGAAGCUGCGCCGUCCCGCGAAGCGUGCUCGCACAGCCGCUGCUGGCACUAAACAGGCGGCGGCGGCGGCGGCGGCCAAGUCCGCGCCGCGGAGGCGGGCAGCCAGCGCGCCGCCGCCCGGGGGGGACCGGGCGGACGCCAUUGUAAUUGAUGAUGACAGCGACGGUGAUGAUGGCAGAGAUGAAGAGGAGGACCCGCGCCCUGUGCGCCCGCGCCUGCCGCCCACGCUGCGCUACCCCGAGCCGCGGCUGCGGCCGCCCGGACCGGCAGCGAAAGCACGGGAGGCGGUGGCGGGCCCGGGAGAGUGCCGUGUUGUGCCUCACUUCACAGCCAUGGGCGCCAAGAACUGCGACAAGGAGGGCCUCACUGUGGGUUGCCGGGCCGACCACCCCAGCCUGCGGUACCGGCCGCCGGGCUGCCGCAGACUGAUGCACCUGUGCUGCGGCCCCGGCGGCUUCUGCAUGCACGCACCCGGCGGUGCGCCGGGCGGACCUGGCGCAGGCGAGGGCGCGGCUGGCGGCAAGGACUCCAGUGGCGGCGGCGCGCAGGCCAGCGCUGGCAGCAACGGCUCAGGCAAGGGCGGACGCGUGGCGGCGAGAGCAGAGGAGGGAGCAGUGGCCAAAGCAGGCCCCACCCGUGCGGCCUGCGGCACGGCUGCAGGCGGCACAGCGGGGCCCGGCGUUGGCGCAGCCGCCGUACCCGGGGGGGCCUCCGACCAAGACAGCACCUCGCGCGUGUUUCGCAUGCGCAGCGGCCAGUGGCUUCUGUCGCAGCUGCGCGGCUGGCAGGGGCCGCAGCACGACGUCGAGCUGGUGGACGCGUAUGCGGUGGACAAAGACGAGCACGCGGCGUUCACCUUCAAGGUCAACCAGCGCGGCACCAUAGUGUUCCGUUGCUGGCUGGACGAGUUCGUGGAGCUGGUGCGCAGGUGGAUCGCGCUAAACCGGUACCUGGACGAGCUGGCUAAGUACGAGGCAGAGCUGCGCGAAUGGGAGGAGCGCCAGCGUGCCAAGAUGACGGCGGGUCAGCGGCAGCAGCAGCCGGCUAACACCAGCGGUGGCGGUCAUGCGGACGCAGGCGGGGCUGCGGCGGGUGGCAGUGCAGCAGCAGCAGACGAGCUGCGUGGUGCCGUCAGGCGGGCGGAUGCCCCCGAGGAGUCUUGUGAUGAGACAGUCGGCACCGCUGCAUCAGGCUCGGACACAGAGAGCAGUGGGGAGGAUGACGGGCGAGGCCAGCAGCAAUCGCAGCAGCAGGGCGGCAGCGGAAGCAGCGCGGACGCUGCAGAAGAGGCAAUGUCGCAUGACGGCCUCAGCAGCGAUGCCGAGCCGGAGGCUGGGGUGGAUGCGGCCUCGGCGCUGCCCAAGGCCGGAUCACCAGCAGGGGGCGGCGGCAACGGCAGCGGUAUCGGUGCUGCGGCAGCUGACCAGCGCGGUCAGACCGCAGCAGGGGACGACCAGCCCGGCGCGUGUGAGCCCUGCAUCGGAGACAUUCUGGGGGUGGUGCUCAAGCACCGGUUGCGGUACCACAAAGGCACGCAGCAGCUGAUGGACGAGCUGACCCCGGACAACACGUGGAUGGCGGUGUUUGUCAGCUGUGCGACUGGCCAAGAGACAAGCAGUGCCUGGCGGGACCUCAAGGCAAGGUGGGGCGACAAGACGGAUGCUGCGGCAAAGGAGGCAGAGGAGGACGAGGAGGGCGAAGAGGAGAGCGACGCGGCGGAGGAGGUGGAGGAGGAGGAGGAGGGUGACGACGAGGACAGCGAUGUCGUGAUAGUGGACGACUCAGAUGCGGCGAGUGGUGGGGAAGGCGAAAGCGAGGAGCAGCAGGAAGGGGAGUCGGGCUUCGCAUCUGCAGGGGCCGCCGCCGGGCGGGAGGCGGCGGUGGAGAAGCCGCUUCUGGUGCCGGUGCAGGCAUUGCUUCGCGGGCGCCACGCGCUGCCGGAGCACCUGCAGCUGCUGCGCCGCUUCGUCGCCCGUGUCCGGGAGGAAGACCUGAUCCCCCUGCCGGGCGACGUCUUCGCCAUCGUGGCCGGCACACCGUGCCAACAGAUGACGUUUCGCAACUUCGGCGCGCCUAAGAACGACAUCAUGAAGAGCAAGAAGAACCGACUGGUCAUGCCGGUGUUGGAGCUGGUGGAGCUGCUGCGGCCGCCCUACGUGUACCUGGAACAGGUGCUGGGGGCGGUCAGGCGGGAGGACGCCGUGUGGGUGCGCACCACGGAGGGCCGGCUGGAGAUGAUGGGGUAUAGUCACAUGCUGCAGGACGUGCCGGCAGGUGCCUACGGCGCCGCUGAGAGCCGGCAGCGCCUGUUCUUCCUCGCGUCUGACAUGGCCUGGCCGCUGCCGCCGGCGCCGUGGCCCACACACGUCUACAAGCACAAGUGCAAGCUCCUGCACAUCAAGAAAUGCCGCCCGCAGGCACCCGAGGACGAGCAGCUGCUGCCGGCCCACACCUCGGGUGACGCCAUGCUGGGGCUCGGCCGCGUCAACGGCUUCACAACCACCACCCUGGGCCGCAGGCGCGACGCGCCGGCGCCCGGCGGCGCAGCCGCCGCGGUGGGCGGCGCGGCGGGGCCCUUUGCGACUGAUGACGAGGCGGAGGACGAGGAUGAAGACGACGGGGUUGAGGACGGCAACGGGUUGCUGAAGCACGUGCUGUCGAGUGCGGAGCCGCCGGCCGGCACCACCAGUCGGGAGGCACGGCUGGCCAUCGCGUUUGCGUUCUCGGUGCCGCACGUGGCGUGGCUGUGGCGCACGCUGGGCCACCUGAGAGGGCUGCUGGAGCAGGAGGAGUUGCUGCACUGCAAGCAGAACAGGAAGGCGGCGGGGCCAGAUGCCGUGAAGGAGCGCGUGAUGGAGCGGCUGGGUGCGACGAUACUCCGCUGGCGGAACGGCAAGCAGGGUUUGUCCGCGGUGCAGCAACAGGCAAUGACGCUCAAGUACUUGCAGGAGAUCAAGAAGAGGAGCUUACGAGACGUGGCGCAGAUGCUGCUUCACAAGGUGGACGCAGCCCGCGCCGAGUUCGCGCAGGUCGAUGCCGCGUUCAGCGCAUUGCUGGAACACGAGAAGGCACAGGCCACAGGUGGCGUCCCCCCACAACAGCCGGCACUGCCACCUGCGGCACGGGCACCGCUUUCCGGGCCGGAGCCGCAGUCGUCUCAGGCGCCCUCCGCUCAGGGCGGCGCGGCGGGCCUGGCGACGACGCCGCCCGUGGCGACGGCUGCAGCAGCCGCGGCUGCCACGGCUGCCGCGGCUGCGGCUGCGUCGCAAGGCGCAGGCCCCGCGGCGCAGGUUCGUGAGCUGCUGUCGCGGCUGGGUGUGGAGGUGGCGAACCACCACUCGCAGCUGUUGGGUGUGCUGGAGAUGCAGCGCAUCAAGUACAUCCCGCAGGCGCACGGCAAGGCCAACACCUACCUCUUUGACGAGCUGUUCCGGGGCAGCGACGAGACGCCGGCGGCAGGCAGCGCGCCGGCAGAGGUGCCCGACGACCUGCUGCCCUGUGGCCUCCCCGUCUUCCCAAAUCGCAAGAUCGAGACACUGAAGCAGGCACACCGCAUCUACGGCCGCAUUGGCAAGAAGAAUGUCAUCAGUGUCAUCGAGACCAAGUCGCGGCCGCUGGAUGACGUGAACGUGCACCCCACCGCCACCCGCGUCUUCACCGUGCGUGAGCUACUGCGCAUGCACACCUUCCCCGACUACUACGCCCUUGUGGUGGCCUCAAAGAGCGUGGCCAGGCACAUGAACAAGUCCGACUACGCCGUGUGGGGGCUGCUGUCGUACGAGGAGAUCCUGGACUACGCCAUCGAGGGGCUGCGCGUGGCCCGGUCCCUGUUCAGUCAGGGCGCUGGAGGCGGCGGCACCGCUGGUGGUGCCGCUGCCGCAGGCGGUGGCGGUGAUGGAAAGGGUGCAGCUGGCGCCGGCGGGCGGGCCUCGCAGCCUAAUACAGGUGGCGGCGGCGGCGGCGGCGGCGGCAGCGCUGACAGCGGCGAGGACCCCUUCAAGCCGCUUGACGACUGGCGGCCGCCCGCGCGCCUGUCGGGCGCGCAAGUGGCGGUGCGCAAGGCCAUGACGGCUGUGGCCCUUGACCGCGGGCAGGAGUACCGCCUGACUGGCGAGAGCGUGGCACCGCUGGCGGCGUGGGGCCAGGCGGCGGCGCUGUGCCACGCCCUAUCGGGCGAGGCGUGGGAGCAGGGAGAGGUCAUGGGCCAGGCGCGCGUGCGCAUGCCGGUGUGGGAAGCGGCCGUGGCGGCUUUGGGGCGGCCGGAGGCGGGCGGGGCAGCGGCCAGCGGCAGCACCUCUGUUGAGCUGGUGGAUCUGGUGAGCAGCAGCGACAGCGAGGAGGGCGAGGGCGAGCGGGAGGAGGUGGACGGCGAGGAGGAGGAUGGUGAGGAGGAGGACGAUGAGGCGCACGAGGAUGCGGAUGAGGAGGGAGUGAGGAGUGCCGACUCCGAGGAUGGGGACGCAGGUGAGGGCGAUGACGGCAACGGAGACGGGGCCGGGGGCGCAGACGGCGAGGAAGCGGGAAUGGGGCUGGAGAGCGAGGGCGAGGCGGAGGGAGAAGGCGAGGAGGCCAGUCAGGAGGAAGAGGAAGAGGAGGAGGAAGAGGAGGAAGGAGAGGAGGAGGGAGAGGAGGAAGGAGAGGAGGAGGGAGAGGAGCAGGGAGAGGAAGGAGAGGAGGAAGAGGAGGAAGGCGAGGAGUGAGCAGUCUGCGCCACCGGCCACGGAACACAGCUCGAACAACGAAUGAGGGAAGUACAUCGGUGAACGCAUGAGAGCGCGUACGCGGCCGUGACGCCCGUGCAACACCAUGCAGCCGGGGAUAGCUGUGACCCUUUUAUGUGAUGCACGCGCUUGGCAGUAUGUGAUUUCACGUGUCGAUUGCCAUACAUGAUACAUGUUUUGCUGUUCCUACAUGCCUUGAGAGUUGUGAGCAGAACGGAAGACGCCACGGUGCCCAAAUCAGGAGGCCAUGUUGGGGGGCGAGGCCUUGAGCCCACUUGUGCCUUGAGCCCUUGGCCGUGAUUAAGCGUUGGCUUCGGAACUGGAAUAUGCUUGGAGCUUGGUUGGGGCAUUUGCUUUUAUUCCCUGCAAUCGAGCGCUGCAGGUGUGCCCUACUUGCCUCGGAGGCAUCCACUAGUGGCCACCUAGUACCUUUCAUGUCUACUGUUGAUGGAUGUCCUUAUCUUGGGAGUCUACAUGACAAUCUGAGCGAUCUGACUACCGGACUAUUGCUUGUAUGAGGCAGUUUGGCACAUCAAAGGCUAGCCACCUGCGGACGCCAUGCCGGACGUGGUGCCUGUUGGCCAUUCUGGCUGCUUAGGUGUGCUGUGGGACAGUUUUAAGGCAGGUUGGUGAAGUCCCCUAGGGUGCAGCUGAUUCUCAAACCCCAGCAGAUGGCCAACAAUUUGCAACGGCAGGGCAGGAGUGCGCGGCUGCUUAGGUGAGAGUUUGAACGUGCGGCUACGGUAGCUUGGAACGGAAAGCCGGAAAGGGAGGCACACCUCCAUGUUGUAGCGCGAUAAUAGCAACUUGCAUACACUGGAAGGAAAGGCCCAGUGACCUGGGCAAGCUCCCGAGCACGUGGUCAGACCCAAUAACACGAACCGAGUGUGGCGUUGCG